AUGCCAAAUGCAUUCGAUGUUGCAGCUAUUCUCAAUAGAGCUCGAGCUUUUCAAAUGCAUAAUGUCAGUAUUUGGCUAAAAACUUUAGAGCUUGGCGCGGCAGAUGCAGCUAUGGUUGUUGAAGUUGCAAACAUCAAAGCCGCUUACGAUAUUGGCGAUUAUAUUGACGAUUGUUCGUCACUAGGCAAAAUGAAAGAUCGUUAUGCAAUAGCCCUUUUUUCUAUGCCUGUUUUUAACGCUUUACUUCGAAAGAAAAACUAUAAAGAAGCGUUGUUUGCCGCUGUCUUUGCAUUCUGGUUUGAAUCAAUUCGCAACGAAAAGAUUGAAUCCUUAGUAAUUCCUUCGCUUGAAUAA